AUAGCGGCUCCACCUACUCGGGGCAUAUAUUUGGUAUCGGUAGAUAGGUAUUCAUGAGUGCUGUGCGAAACGGCAAGAAAUAUGCGGCGCUCUUGAAGGAUAUCGCUGUAAAUGCGUAUCUACGUCUCUCACUUUAACCUCAAACAGAGCAGCCGUUUCGAUGAAUGUGCCAGUACCGGCCACUGACGACGUAUUAUUGUCUAAGGAAAAAUAUAAGGGGGGAGGAGGACUACUUCAUGGACCCAAAAUGUGAACCAAAAUAUUUUCCCUUCUAUUAGUGCGGUGAAAAGUGUCCGGGCCCGGCUGCUGUGUUAACAGUGGCGCCAUCUUUGAGCGGCUUCUGCAGGUGCGUCAGCCCUGUCACUUACACCGCACUAAUAGAAGGGAAAAUAAUUUGGAGCGUAUUUUAAGCCUAUGAGCAAGAGGGCUACCUAUGUGCUCAACACUGUUUGAAUGCACUACUCCAAGGACCAUACUUUUCUGCAGUUGAUCUAGCCACUUUAGGACAACAGAUGGAUGAGCAAGAACGAGAGCGAAUGGCAGAGAAUGGUGUUGACAGCGAAGAAUACCGCAACUUUAUACAGCAACCAUCAGGAAAUAUGGAUGAUAGUGGCUAUUUUUCUGUGCAAGUUAUUGCAUCAGCACUAAAUGUUUGGAAUUUAGAACUUGUCCCAUAUAACAGCACAGAGCCAAGGGCAGUUACAGCUCAAACUUCUCCACAUGAUAUGCAGGCUUACAUCUGUAACUAUCAUGAUCAUUGGUUUACAAUUCGAAGACUAGGGCGCCAGUGGUUCAAUCUUAAUUCCAUGUUAUCGGGACCUCAAUUAAUUUCUGACACCUACCUCUCAGUAUAUUUAGCCCAGUUACAGCAUGAAGGAUAUUCCAUUUUUGUUGUAUUUGGGGCUCUUCCUGACUGUCAAGCCCAUGAGAUGCUUCUUAUUAAACCUGCAGUGCAAGUGACACAACCUCAAAGAGUGGAGAGUGCAAAAUCUCAAGGAUACAGGCUUGGGAGUGCAUCUGAUGAUCCUGACCUGGAGAGAGCACUACGUAUCAGCCUUGGUCAGACAAAUGACAUGGAAUCAAAACAUGCAGCAAGUGGUGGGAGUGCAUCUGAUGAUCCUGAUCUGGAAAGGGCAUUACGUAUCAGCCUUGGUCAGACUGAUGAGGAACCAAAGCAAAUUGGUGGUGUGGAGCAAGAGGACGCUGAUUUGCAGAGAGUCCUUCAAGAAAGUGCCAAAGAUCACAGCUCACAAUAUGACUCUCAAAUAGUUGAUUCUGUCGGGGAUGAAGAUGAUGACUUUCAAAGAGCUCUUCAACUAAGCCUCCAGCAAGAAAAUAAUUCAUCAGACCAUGAUUUGAAAAAAGCAUUACAAAUGAGCUUAGAAUGUAUUGGGAAAAAUGCACCCCCUGCUAGCUCAAAUAAUGAAGAUCUCGCCGAAAUCCGUGCAAGGAGACUGAGAUAUUUAGAAAAAGCUAAUUCUCAAGGUUCCAGCAACAGUACCUCAACAUGAUAGUUACAUAUUGUAUAGUAUAUGGUGUUCUCUGUGUGCCUAGCAUAGUGUUCUGUUUCAAAAUUUAAUGAUGAUUUAAUCUGAUGGUUAAGGACUAUGACUUGCUAAAUCUCUUUGGCUGUAAUCAAAAGUGUUAGAAUGUGGAGUUGUUAACAAGAAAGUCUGUCUUCCUGUAAUAAUUUCUAACUUACCGGUAUAUAGCUCUUCCAUUUAAACCCAAAACUUUGCUUACAUGCUUCGGAUUGUACUCUAGAAGUUUGGCUUUGCUCCUUUGUCUUUUACCAAGUGACUUGAUAUUCAGUUUGUAAGUAUGAUGUGAUAUGGUUUUGUGGUCUUGUGUAGGGUAUGAAACUUUUCACAACCAAAUAGGUAUUCACCCUUUUCACUCAAUGCACCAUUAUCUAAUCUUUCUGUUGUACAGGGUGCUUAUUUCCUUCAUGUCUUCAUUCUUGUUGUUGUUGUUAUAUUUAGAAAUAUUGUUAUUGUUACUCCUAAGAAACUAUCUUCCUCUUGUUGGGUCAUUGCAGAUUUGUUUCAAUCAGUUUAAUAUCAGUCUACCUUGACAAGUUUUUUUUAUGUUUUUUUUUUAUUUUAUUAAUAACAUAAUUCUUUACAUUAUGCAAACUAAGCAAUAACUUGGAUAACUUUAAAACAAGAUUCAACAAAUCUCUUUACUCUCAUGAUGAUCUUUGUCCCCUUGUCUUGUUUGUCACCACAUAAGUGAUACUGUAAAGGUUCUGAGGCUUGUGUUAUUAAUUUUGUAAAGAGACAGAUAAUAAAUAUUGCUAUUUUCCUAUA